AUGCAGGACCAUGUGGAGGAGUCGGCGGCCGCUUUGAAGAAACUGGCCAUUGACAACUUGAGUCCAGAAAGCACCCCGGCUGCCGUGGACCUCAACAUGGCACUACUGCAUGUGGAAAACAUAGCGGAGGACUUGGAACAGCUUGUGUUCCAAGUUGAAGACUGUAUGCGGGACGUUGGCGUCGACAACCAUGGUCUUGACACCGACAUUUCAAGCGCAGCAGUGUUAGAGGAAGGGGCUGCAUCACAAGACAACGACGAGGAUGGUGUCGUUCAGUCUGACUGGAGCACCGAUGAGCUCCUGUGUUCCGAAGAUUCAAUGUCCAUCGAAUCCGAUAGGGACGAAAUGGAGUACGCUGGAUUCCUUCGCGGGGAAAUGGAGAACAUGCCGUGGGAUGAUGUGUUGCCGCUCACCGAAGAUGCCAUCAUCGGCACCCAGACUCCUUCCGCGCAGGUGCAGGACAAUGAGGCACCCGUAGAGGCGGCAGCAGGUGGUGGCCGUGGCUGCAGUUAUAAGUUGGAGGAGGACCUUCUCCUGGUUGCGGCCUGGUUGAACGUGAGCCUAGAUCCCGUGGUUGGGAGCAACCAGAGCUUAGGUGCAUUCUGGCACAGGAUCGAGAGUUACUACAACGAGAGCAAGACAUUUACAUCAACUCGGAAUAAGAAAUCGCUGCAGGGGAGAUGGACAUUCAUCAACACGACGGUCCAGAAGUUCUGCGGCCACUACGCAAGAGCCCUGCGCACUAAGAAGAGUGGAACGACCGAGGCGGAGACGGUCGUUGAGGCAUGUAAGAUGUUUCAAGCCGUGGAGCAUAAGGAGUUCACCUUGCUGCCGUGUUGGAGGGAGUUGCGCAAUCAUCCGAAGUGGCAAGCGGAGUCGGCGCGCAAAAAACAGAAAACCGCACCUUCCGGAAGUCCCUGUUCGACACAACACGGAGGGUCUUCAGCGGGGAUGAACAUACCUGAGAAGGUCGGCGAACAUCCUUCCACCUGCAGCCCUCGUGCGAAGAGGCCUCCAGGGCGCACGCGAUCGAAAGACGGGGCACGGGGUAUGUCUUCCUCAAGUUCUGCUUCAGCGCCCAUGACAGAUCUUGUUGAUCGCCAACUCGCAAUGAAAGAGAUGAUUGAGAAGGAAAGGGCUAAGAGGUUCGCAGAGUUGAUGGAAGUUGAGCGCAAGAAGCUCCGCCUUGAGGAAGAGCGUAUGCAAAUGCAGAGGGAGAAGGAGGAGCGGGACAUAAUGAACAUGGAUAUUUCACAUAUGGAUGAGGACCAGCAAGCAUACUACAAGAGUCUUCGGCAGAGCAUCAUUGCAGCUCGUCGCGCCUCUUCUGGGCCUUCUGCAUAA